AUGAGCCGCACAAUUUUUAAGACCGUGAUACAGGAUACCAUUCGUACCAUUCCUUUUGAGCUCGCUCCAUUUUCGUACUCUGAUAACGUUGAUUAUAUGAUAAAGCACUGGAGCGCCAAUGGAAUGACUGGCGUCUCAUACGAGGAACUACGUACAAGGGCUGAGCUGGUGCUUCAGCCGUACCUGGUGGCCAUGGGCUUCCCUAACACACCCCUUAAAAUCCCAAUGUUCACUAGAAUUAUUGCUCUGCUGGAACAAAAUUCAGAGUUCCACGAAGAGGCAAGUUUUCACAAAAGCACCAACAUCUAUGAUAUCUACAGAACGUUCGCAGACUGCAAGUACGAAACUUACCAGAAGCAAAAGCUGCAGCUAAAGCUUAAUACGUUCGCUUCAGCUGGAGAAUAUGCCGAAAAGACUACGGAAAAAGAGUUCUACCAUGUACUGGGUCUUCUAGCUGUGAAUGCCAUUUUUGAUGACGAACUGAUCGAGACGCUGACAGAGAGGAGCGUCCUGCAGCCAGGCGGACCUCUUAUGCGAGACGUUGCUGACGGUCUCAUUGGACAUGGAAUAGUUGAUGGCCUACAUGAUGGAAAUCCAACUUUCAUUCACAGGACGAUCGCCGAAUUCUUUGCAGCCCAUUUUCUGUUUUGCAAGAUUAAGAAAGCUGGAAGCAACAUUUCCAGGCUGGUGACGGCAGUGUUGGGACUGUAUGUGGAAAGUAACUAUGAGCAGGUUGUGACGUUCCUCGAUCAUUUCGCAACCGAAUCCUUCCCCUUGCAUUCCGCGAUUAUCCGUGGAGAUACCUCCUCUCUAACAGGCAUCAGAGAAGAAGACGUGUACGAGCUAGACCAUCUAGAUCGAACGCUACUCCACGUAGCGGCGCUGCAUGCAGACCCAGCAACCCUGAAGGCGCUUCCAGUUAACGAGUCACCGAUACGGAAAGACAAGCUUGGAAUGUCUCCCAUCAUGUACGCAGAAAAACUUCGAGAAGGGAGUGUAUUCGACAUAAUCUGUGACUGCUUCUCCAAUGCUAGCUCCGACUUGGCCGAAGAGUUUCCGACCGCCUUCAGAAAUGCCACGACAGAGAAAUCCCUCCGGAAGUCUGUGUUCUACGAAGUCGUAAAGGGGAACCGCUGUUCCCCGUUAAGGCUCCUUCUGAGCCGAUUGUGCAGGAAACGCAGCGAGUGUCGCCAGGGAAUUAAUCCCGAUCUUGUAGACUUUGAUACUAUCAGGGAUGAGGAGGGGAGAACUCUAUUGUUUUACGCAAAUACGACGGCUGUGCUGGAACUGCUCCUGCCAUACUGUGACCUUCUGGCAAUAGAUAAAUAUGGCUAUACUGUGUUGCAUUAUAGAAUCACGUGGCAUCAACAGAAAAGCCCGUCUUCUCUCGGGACGAUUGCCUUCGAGGAGGUAGAGUUUCUUUUUCUCCAUUCCACUGCAGAUUUUCGGAAGAGCUGGGAGACAACUCAUUUUCAGCAGACAACAGAAGAAGUGGAGACCAAGUUAGUGAAAUUGUUGCUGAGGAGUCCCGCCGCAACGUGGCGCUCGAUGCUGCUGCAAUCCUCAUGCCAGCUUCACGUCAUCAACUUGCUUCUUCCUCAUGCCUUGAUGUGCAAUCCUGCAGUAAACACAGUCUUUUCACCUUAUUCGAGCAACAAAUCGAAGGCUACCGGAGGCGCCCAGUUGGAUUUGUGGAGACCAGGCAGUCAACUGCUUUAUUACUCACCCCAGAAAAUAUGCGAAGUCGUGCAGCGUUCGCACGAUACUCACCUUGAAAAACUUAAAGUCUUGGUUCCUUAUUUCGAAACCGGCGAUCUUAUUAAAUAUACGAUGCAGUUCAUAUCGUCGGAUAUACUCUACGAAGCAAAGAACCUUGCCGUGCUGAAACACGUACUUCUCCGUUUCGACACUUUGUUUACGGACAAAGACGACUACGCAGCAUUGCACCUCUGUGCUAGACUUGGAAAGAUAAAGAAGGACGAAGCGCUUCCCAACUUUCAUGCGUAGCAUCGAGGAAAGAAGUGACUGACUUGUUUGAUCGGUGGACGAUGAAGACUAAAAAAGCAGGACAAUGCGCUCCAUGAAGCAACGUCGUCAGCAUUGCGUCAUGUGAUUAUUCACGCACGAGGACGUUAUUGACGAAGAAUAAAUACGACCAAGUUUUCAUUA